CUGCUGACGUCCGCUCUGGCCUCUCAACGUGGCUUUCUCUGCGCAGCAGAGGGACAGACUUUGUAGCAGUCACUUUAUCCAAAACUGGCAGUCGACAGCUCCGAUUCCCUCUGUCUGGCGCUGCGUUGGUUUCCAUCCUCUCUGCACGGAGUCCUCGCCAUCCUCGCCCGCGGGAGGCGCGUUGGGUGCUCGCACUUGGCAUUGAGCCCGCAGUUGUCCCCGUGCCCUGUGCUUUCUGGUGGCCUCGAAGACUAAAGAUUGCGAGGUGUGCCUAGGGAUCGCUCUGGGAACAGAGAACCACCUCUCCCCAUUUUUCUCAGACCACGCAUCAGCAUCCUCCGUGGAUCCGUUCCCGCAACUUGUCCUGCGUGUGGGUGACAGCGUCAAAGUUUUUCUCCCUUACUCGAGACACCGAUCCUUUCGAUCCCUCCUCCCCCGCUGUCCCUGCCAGGCCUGCUGUGCGGGGUGAGGGGAUCCCAGGGCGCGCGUGGUGUGAGCCUGGCACGGUCAGGGCGAAGCGGAGGGAAGGAGCUGCGGCCAGAGGCUCUCUCGCUAGGUGACCCUUUGCUAAGUGAUCGAGCUCGGUGAGCGAGAAGAGGAGAAGCCCGAGCCUUCCUUCCGGGGCUCAGGUGCCAGCACACUGGAUUUUAAUCACCUUCCUGAUUACGCGCUUCUGCUCUUUCAACUGGGAACUCGGGGAAGCGAAGCGCCUGGCUGGUGGGCGCGCUCUGCGGGACCUCGGCUCCAGGCAGCUUGCAAGGUGCGUCCGUGGCUGCGGAAGAAGCUGAGUGGAGGACGGCGGAUGCUCGCUGGAGCUUGCAGGGUUAAGAUCAAACAGCCUUCUCCUACACCAGCUGCAAGAACUGAAAGCCUGGGAAAAGCAUUACAGUCACAUUUUCAUGAUGAUAUGAAAGUGGAUAUUAGUGGCUCACCAGAAACAAGAGGUGUAAUGUGUGAAUGAAUCUACGGAACCUGGACUGUUUUUUCAACGGAUGUUCAAGAGGCAUUCUUGGCAAGAAAAUUUGCUUCGAGAUCAUACAUACAUUCAAGAUGAAACUUUAAACUGCAAGAAAUGCAGCAGCCCUUCUCACAGACUUCUCUUGUGGGAGCUGACAGCAAUAGAUUCUCAAUGUACUACAAGAUGGUGCCCCUAGAAGGUCAGCUGUUUUCUCACCCUUGAGUGAAAUUUGACAGAAGAUGUUACAACAGUUUUAUCUCUGGAAAUGUUUACCAUCAGGAAUCCUCCUUGCAAGUCUCUUAACAAUCUGUUUGGGCCAAUAUGAUGAUGACUGGCAAUAUGAGGAUUGCAAACUAGCUAGGGGAGGCCCACCAGCUACCAUCGUUGCUAUUGAUGAAGAGAGUCGGAAUGGUACAAUUCUGGUGGACAACAUGCUGAUUAAAGGAACUGCAGGAGGCCCAGACCCCACCAUAGAGCUCUCUCUAAAGGACAAUGUGGAUUACUGGGUGCUCUUGGACCCUGUCAAACAGAUGCUAUUCCUCAACAGUACGGGAAGAGUUCUGGAUAGAGAUCCUCCCAUGAACAUACACUCCAUUGUGGUACAAGUCCAAUGUGUGAACAAGAAAGUUGGCACAGUGAUCUACCAUGAAGUGAGAAUUGUGGUGAGGGACAGGAAUGACAAUUCCCCCACCUUCAAGCAUGAGAGUUACUAUGCCACAGUGAAUGAGCUCACUCCCGUUGGAACCACGAUAUUUACUGGAUUUUCAGGAGAUAAUGGAGCUACUGACAUAGAUGAUGGCCCGAAUGGACAGAUAGAAUAUGUGAUUCAGUACAACCCAGAGGAUCCGGCAUCCAAUGACACCUUUGAGAUCCCUCUCAUGUUGACGGGAAAUGUGGUGCUCAGGAAGAGACUCAACUAUGAAGACAAGACCCGCUACUACAUCAUCAUCCAAGCCAAUGACCGUGCACAAAAUCUGAAUGAGAGGCGGACUACAACCACCACCCUCACAGUAGAUGUUCUAGAUGGAGAUGACCUGGGUCCAAUGUUUCUGCCUUGUGUUCUUGUGCCAAACACUCGCGACUGCAGGCCACUCACCUAUCAAGCAGCUAUUCCUGAGCUGAGAACUCCGGAAGAGCUGAACCCCAUUGUUGUCACCCCACCAAUCCAAGCCAUUGAUCAGGACCGGAACAUUCAGCCACCAUCAGAUAGACCAGGCAUCCUGUACUCCAUUCUUGUUGGAACUCCUGGUGACUAUCCCAGGUUCUUCCACAUGCACCCUAGAACAGCAGAGCUCACACUUCUGGAGCCUGUAAACAGAGACUUCCACCAGAAAUUUGAUUUGGUGAUUAAGGCUGAACAGGACAAUGGCCACCCCCUUCCUGCCUUUGCCAGUCUACACAUUGAAAUCCUGGAUGAAAACAACCAGAGCCCGUAUUUCACAAUGCCCAGCUACCAAGGGUAUAUCCUGGAAUCUGCCCCAGUGGGAUCAACCAUUUCAGACAGUCUAAAUUUAACCAGUCCUCUAAGAAUUGUUGCUCUGGACAAAGACAUAGAAGAUACAAAAGACCCAGAGCUUCACCUUUUCCUGAACGAUUACACCUCGGUCUUCACCGUCACACAGACUGGCAUUACUCGCUACCUCACCCUGCUUCAACCAGUGGACAGAGAAGAACAGCAAAUGUACACAUUUUUGAUAACUGCAUUUGAUGGCAUACAAGAAAGUGAGCCAGUUGUGGUCAAUAUUCGAGUGAUGGAUGCAAAUGAUAACACUCCAGCCUUCCCUGAAAUAUCCUAUGAUGUCUAUGUUUACACAGACAUGAGCCCGGGAGACAGUGUCAUACAGCUCACUGCAGUGGACGCCGAUGAAGGGACAAAUGGGGAGAUCACCUACGAAAUCCUGGUGGGGGCUCAGGGGGACUUCGUGAUCAACAGAACCUCAGGACUAGUGAGCAUUGCACCAGGAGUGCAGCUGAUCGUGGGGAAGACCUAUGCGCUCACUGUGCAGGCUUCAGACAAUGCUCCUCCUGCAGAGAGAAGGCACUCCAUCUGCACUGUGUACAUUGAAGUGCUUCCUCCCAACAACCAAAGCCCUCCCCGAUUCCCCCAGAUGAUGUACAGCCUUGAAAUCAGUGAAGCCAUGAGGAUUGGUGCUGUUUUGUUAAAUCUGCAGGCAACUGAUCGAGAGGGGGACCCAGUGACAUACGCCAUUGAGAAUGGAGAUCCUCAGCGAGUUUUUAAUCUUUCAGAAACUACUGGGAUUCUAACCCUAGGGAAACCCCUGGACAGAGAGAGCACUGAUCGCUACAUUCUCAUUGUCACAGCCUCAGAUGGCAGGCCAGAUGGGACCUCAACUGCCACAGUAAAUGUACUGGUGACAGAUGUCAAUGACAAUGCUCCUGUGUUUGACCCUUAUCUGCCAAGAAAUCUCUCUGUGGUGGAGGAAGAGGUUAAUGCCUUUGUGGGUCAAGUAAGGGCCACAGACCCUGAUGCAGGGAUAAAUGGUCAAGUGCACUACAGUCUGGGUAACUUUAACAACCUCUUCCGCAUUACCUCCAAUGGGAGCAUUUACACAGCUGUGAAGCUGAACAGAGAGGUCAUGGACCACUAUGAAUUGGUUGUUGUGGCAACAGAUGGAGCAGUGCACCCUCGUCACUCUACUCUGACACUAUACAUUAAGGUGUUGGAUAUUGAUGAUAACAGUCCUGUGUUUACCAAUUCUACAUAUACUGUCAUUGUGGAAGAGAAUCUGCCAGCUGGGACCACCUUCCUUCAAAUAGAGGCCAAAGAUGUUGAUCUUGGAGCAAAUGUGUCUUAUCGGAUAAGAAGCCCUGAAGUGAAGCACUUUUUUGCACUACAUCCAUUUACAGGAGAAUUGUCACUAUUAAGGAGUUUGGAUUAUGAGGCAUUUCCUGACCAAGAAGCGACUAUUACUUUCCUAGUGGAGGCCUUUGAUAUUUAUGGAACAAUGCCACCUGGCAUUGCUACUGUCACAGUGAUCAUAAAGGAUAUGAAUGAUUAUCCUCCAGUUUUUAGCAAACGUAUCUACAAGGGAAUGGUGGCUCCUGAUGCAGUCAAGGGUACACCUAUCACCAUGGUUUAUGCUGAAGAUGCAGACCCUCCUGGCACGCCCUCAAGUCAUGUGAGGUACAGAGUAGAUGAUGUGCAGUUUCCUUAUCCUGCCAGUAUUUUUGAUGUAGAAGAAGAUUCUGGAAAAGUAAUAACUAGAGUCAAUCUUAAUGAAGAACCUACAACAAUUUUUAAGUUAGUGGUUAUAGCUUUUGAUGAUGGUGAGCCUGUGUUGUCAAGCAGCGCCACAGUGAAAAUUUUGGUUUUACAUCCAGGAGAGAUCCCACGCUUCACCCAAGAGGAAUACAGACCCCCUCCUGUAAGUGAACUUGCUAUAAGAGGAACCAUAGUUGGGGUGAUAUCUGCUGCAGCCAUCAAUCAAAGCAUUGUGUACUCCAUUGUUGCAGGGAAUGAGGAAGGUAAGUUUGGCAUCAACAAUAUCACAGGUGUUAUCUAUGUGAAUGCCCCUCUGGAUUAUGAGACACGGACCAACUAUGUGCUUCGAGUACAAGCUGAUUCUCUGGAAGUAGUUCUUGCCAACCUUCGAGUUCCUUCAAAAAGCAAUACAGCUAAAGUAUAUAUUGAGAUUCAAGAUGAAAAUGAUCACCCCCCAGUUUUUCAGAAAAAAUUCUACAUUGGAGGUGUAUCUGAGGAUGCAAGGAUGUUUGCUUCUGUACUCAGAGUGGAGGCUACUGAUAAGGAUACUGGAAACUACAGUGCCAUGGCAUACAGACUCAUAAUACCGCCAAUUAAAGAGGGAAAAGAAGGCUUUGUGGUGGAAACGUACACCGGGCUUAUCAAAACUGCCAUGCUUUUCCAUAAUAUGCGGAGAUCUUACUUCAAGUUCCAAGUCAUUGCCACAGAUGACUAUGGCAAGGGGCUGAGUGGAAAAGCUGAUGUUCUUGUCUCUGUGGUGAAUCAACUGGAUAUGCAAGUCAUUGUGUCAAAUGUGCCUCCAACUCUAGUGGAGAAAAAAAUAGAAGAUCUUACAGAGAUCUUGGAUCGCUAUGUUCAGGAGCAAAUUCCUGGUGCCAAGGUGGUAGUGGAUUCCAUUGGUGCCCGCCGCCAUGGGGAUGCCUUUUCUCUAGAAGAUUACACCAAAAGUGACCUGACUGUCUAUGCCAUUGACCCCCAGACCAACAGAGCCAUCGAUAGAAAUGAGCUUUUCAAGUUUUUGGAUGGCAAGCUUCUGGAUAUCAAUAAAGACUUCCAGCCGUACUACGGGGAGGGAGGACGCAUUCUGGAAAUCCGGACUCCAGAAGCAGUGACUAGCAUAAAGAAGCGAGGGGAGAGCUUGGGGUACACAGAAGGGGCCCUCCUGGCUCUGGCCUUCAUUAUCAUCCUCUGCUGUGUCCCCGCCAUCCUGGUCGUCUUGGUCAGUUACAGACAGUUUAAAGUACGCCAGGCCGAGUGCACCAAGACAGCGAGGAUUCAGUCUGCACUGCCCGCCUCCAAACCUGCUGCUCCAGCCCCGGCCGCGCCCCCUCCUCCUCCACCCCCAGGCGCGCAUCUGUAUGAAGAGCUAGGAGACAGCGCCAUGAGAAGUUUUACAUCAGAGCAUCAACAACUGCUGAGGCCUUCUCUUCUUAAACCAGAGGAGUUAUCCAUGGAGUCUGGGAUUGAUCCUGGCCAGGAAUAUGGACAAGAUUAUUACAGUUAUGAGCAUGGGUAUGAAAUGCCCCAGUAUGGAAGUCGCCGCCGCCUGCUACCACCAGCUGGGCAGGAGGAAUAUGGUGAAGUGGUUGGUGAAGCAGAGGAGGAAUAUGAAGAGGAAGAGGAAGAGCCAAAGAAAAUUAAAAAACCCAAAGUUGAAAUUAGAGAGCCUAGUGAGGAGGAAGAGGUAGAGGUAACUGUGGAGAGGCCACCAGCACCUGAGCCCACAUACAACACCUGGAAGAGGGCCAGGAUAUUCCCCAUGAUCUUUAAGAAAGUCAGGGGCCUGGCAGAGAAAAGAGGCAUGGACCUCGAGGGUGAGGAAUGGCAGAGACGCCUAGAGGAAGAAGACAGAGAUUAUCUGAAACUAACUCUAGACCAAGAAGAAGCUACCGAGAGUACAGUGGAGUCAGAAGAGGAGUCCUCCAGCGAUUACACUGAGUACAGCGAAUCAGAAUCAGAGUUCAGCGAGUCCGAGCCCACAGAGGAGGAGUCUGAGUCUGAGAUCCCAUCGGAGGAGGAGGAGGAGGAAGAGGAGGAGAGCUCCACCCCGGAGUCAGAGGAAUCAGAGUCCACUGAGUCAGAGGGAGAAAAGGCAAGGAAAAACAUCGUACUGGCCAGAAGAAGGCCUGUGCCAGAGGAGGCCAAAGAGGCUAAGUUCUGGAGAGAAGAGCCUGUGUUGCAGGAAGAGCCUCCAGAGGAGGGAGAAGAACAUCCCGAGGGGGAGGAGAUUAACUUGACACCCUUGGAAGAGUCCACUGAACUGGAAGCUGCAAAUGUCCCUGAGGAAGGCAGUGCAGAAUCAGCCUCUGUAGAGGGGGGCAUGGAGAGCGAGACAGAAUCAGAAGUGGCCAGCAACAGCAGCAGCAGCAGCGAGAGCCAGACCGGGGGCCCAUGGGGUUUUCAGGUACCAGAUUAUGAUAGGAACAAGCAUGCAAGCCAGAAAUCUGGAGAAGCAAACAAGGAAGGCUAUAACACCGCCCUGUAGAAGAGUGCACAUGGGCCAGAAAAAGGAUGAUCAAGUUAGUGGUGGACCGAGACUAUGAACAUAACUCCCCUGGAGAGGACAGCACUCCCGAAUGUCAGAGGAGUGGUGCUCACAGCCC